UCCUCGAGCGAGGGUUGGGAGGAAGCAUUCGAACGUCAACGCAGGCAGCGAUGGGACGCAAAGGUGGAAGAAGAUCUCAGAGGAUGGAGAGGAGGUAAUGGGACGGCCAGGUCAUCUUAUAGCAAAACUGCGGUACCUACCAACAGCUAUUAUGGUCAGUCAGCCUCGGGCGUCAUUGGGACACACUUGCCCAAGGAGAUUGUCCGUAUUGAAAGGGACUGGUCAGAUGGAGAGGUCUGCCAGUUCGAAACGUCCUUUCCAAUGGAGCUGGAAGGCAGAGUACAGCCCAAAAAGUGGGCAGAAUUUGUCUCCACCCUGAACAGACGUCUCUUGUCGGCCUAUUCGAUCCGUGGUGCUGUCAUUGAUAACCUGUUCGCCAUAGCCACCUGGUGGACAUCGCUUCUGUGGAGGACGUCACACUUCGAAAAGGAGCUUCGACGAGCUGAGCUCUACAUAUCGGAUGCAAACAGAGACAUCUUCAAUCCUGUGGGGCUGAAUGUUCUCAGCCCAAGGCAUCUUGCUCUACAAUUCGUAAGUCCUACUCAAGAGGUUCAGUAUUCGAGUUGA